AUGGGAACUUGUGUUUCAUAUCGAAAUUAACAUUAAAAUGAAAGCAACACAAUUGAUUAGAUAAGACUUUAAGAAUUAAGUCAAGAUCCAAAUCUUGAAUUUGAAUUUAGCGGCUAGAACUAUGGAGAUGUAAAUAUAUCAAAUAUGCAGGAAAGUAUACAAAAGCGUUAAUUAGAUGUAGGAGAAUUAUAAAAGCAAUAACCGUUAGAAAACUAAAAAAUACAUCAUUAGAAGUUAAACUAAAAUGAUUCUCAAAUUGAUUCGUCAAACUUACAAAUUGACUUAGAGUUGAGAUCUCUAAAUAUUCAAGUUUUAGAUAAGAUGUAGUCAAGAAAUCCCUCUCUUAUUGAAGCUGAUAAAAGAUCAGAAAGAUCCUACACCUAAGGUAUAUAGUAUAAAGCCAAAAAUAAUAAUCUAAUUUAGUAAUCGGAAACAAAUAAACAAUUGAUUGAUUUUAUGACUAAAGGUGAGAAAGAUGUUUUAUUACAUCCUCUGCCUUCUCCACCUAAUUUGAAUAGAAAUAACGAAUUUGGGGUGUAUGAAGCAUUUGAUAGCGCAGAACUGACACCCUAAACAACUUCAAAAUAAGAAUCUGAAUGUGAAGAAUUAGAGGAAGAGCCCCAAGAGUUAGAAGAAGAAAUUGUUGAAAAAGGGGAGGAUAAAAUACCUGAACAAUAAUCAAUGAAUACAGAUAAAACAAAAUAAUAGACUCUGCUUGAUAACCCUCUCUUUGAACAACAUUAAGAAGAUACAAUCUCUUUAGAAGAUGAUAAUCCGGAAGAAGUGUAAUAACCAAAUCCACCUCCUUAGGAACGAUAAAUAAUUCUUUAAUCCUCAAGAGGAGAGUAAAUGAUUAUGUCGUUUGCCCCAAAUGUAUAAUAAUUAUUCAUCAAAUCUGAAUAACAUUCAGUAUCCGAAAAUUAAGGUGAAAUUGAAGUUAUCAAUCACAAACCAAGGUUCGAGAAAGCAGUUCCAUCGGAAACUGAUAUCCUUAAAAUAGAAAAUGAGCAUGUAAUUGCAUUGUCUGCCCAAUUGGAACCUAUCAACAUUAAUGUUGAUAUGAACAAUUGUGAAAUGUUGGGUCCAUAUAUAAUUCUUAAUACUGGAGAUAUCUAUGUCGGUACAUGGCAAAUAGGUAAACGACAUGGGUUUGGGAAAUAAAUAUUUUCGAAUGGAGCAUAUUAUGAAGGAUAAUGGCUAAAUGAUUUUUUAUAAGGAUACGGUAGAUACAUAUUUUAAAAUGGGGAUUAUUACUCAGGAGAGUUUGUUUAUGGGGAAAGAGAAGGUGUUGGAGUAUUGGUCUAUUAAGAUGGUUCAUCGUAUGAAGGGAAAUGGGUAAAGAAUUAAAAAGAAGGUGAGGGAAGAGAACAACUUGCAGAUGGUAAUGUCUAUAUUGGAGCAUUCAAGGCCAAUAAAAGAGAGGGCAAAGGUAGAUUGGAAUAUGUGGACGGAUGCAUCUUUGAAGGAAUGUUCAAAGAAGGUUAGAUUUGUGGAAAGGGAACUUAAACUUGGGCUGAUGGAAAAAGAUAUGAAGGAGAAUGGAAGGAUGGUAAAAUGUAUGGGUAAGGGGAAUUCAUAUGGGGAGAAGGAAAAUUUUAUAAGGGAGAGUAUGUUAAUAAUGUAAGGUAAGGAUAUGGGGAAUACAGUUGGCCUGAUGGAAGGACAUACAAAGGAGGCUGGAAGAAUGGGGUUAUGCAUGGAAAAGGGUUGAUGAUUUGGCCUGAUUAGAGAUUACAGAAAGGGAUUUGGAUAAAUGGAUAGAGGCAAUUUACUAAAGAAGAAUAGGAAUAACUAUAAAAGGCUAAGAAACCUAAUACUACUGAUACUACUGUAAAUAAGACUAAGGAUUCUUAAGUUGAACAAAAAGAAAAAUAACCAAAGUAAUCAAAGCCUAAAUAGAAAUCGAAAUCGAAAUCAAAAUCAAAAGAAAGGAAAAGCAAAAAAGAAUCUAAAAAUUGA